UUCUCGAGAUCGGGUCCACAUGUGAACUAAUGCUAUUGAAAGCAAUUUCAGAAACGUUUAUACGCUAUCGAUAUUACAUAACUUGAACAAACCGAUUCGCUCUUGAACUUCUCUGCUCUUUUUCUGUAUAUAUCUGCGUGGUGCUUUUUUUUUAUCGUACAAAGUGUUGUGUGAUGAACGAUGCUUGAUCUUGACAAUCAAUUUCUUAGUUUCAUGUUUUCUUCGAAAGAUUUAUGAAGAUGAUCUCGCAUUAUAACUUGACGCUGUAUUGAGUUCUAUGAACGAGAUUAGUUUAUCAACUAAAAUAUGGCUUCGAAAACAAUAUACGAUGAUUUAGUUAAGCGAGUGCAACAAAUUUUUCAUUUGCCUCCAAACGAGACAAAAUCGUUGACUAAUCAUAACAUACAAAGUGACUCGAUCGAUUUCUACAACAAUAAUCCUUUCGAAUAUAAUCCACAACAACAGAAAGUGCUAGACAAUAAUCGUUCUGAAUUGGACAAAAAGUAUCAGCCGUACGCUUCAUCUUCAUCCCAUGUCAAUUUGAAUGGACUGAAUGCUUCCGAACCGUUUAUGGCUAACGAAUAUAAUGCCAAUUAUGCUAUCAAUCAACCAUCGGAUUAUGGUUGUAAUCAGGCUCAAGGCGUAAUUAAUCAAAAUCCGUCAAAUGAUCGAAGCAAAUUAUCGAAUGAAAUGUCUGAUUCGGAUGUUAAUUCGAUGAAAAGUAUCAAGGUAACGGUUGGAAUUGAUGAAGAUUUGAAGAUGAUACUGGAAAUGGAUCCGAGUAUUGUCGAUCUGGGUGGAACACCAACCUUUGGGGAUGUUGAUGAUAGGAAUUUUUCACGAUUACCACCGUUGACGGGAGGGCCAUCAUUCAAAACGGCCACACCUACCUCUCGAACGCAAUUGAAACAGCAAUUACAAAGAGAGCAAUUGCAAGAAUUGGAAAGACAAGACUUGGAACGUCGUGAAACGGAAAAAAAGCUGAAAAAUCAGAGCAAUCCACAAUCGUCAAAUGUGUUAAAAGUACCGUUGCAGAGUAUCGGUGUUGAUGUGCCUCCACAAGUGUUACAAGUUCGUACUGUUCUGGAGAAUCCUACACGUUAUCAUGUUAUACAAAAACAAAAGACCCAAGUUCGACAAUACCUGAGUGAGUCAUUCCAACAGAAUGAAUGGGAAAAUGGAUCACAAAACUGCGGCAAAGACCAAAUGGAUUAUACAUUAGGCUCCAAUUCCAACACCCCGUCAGAUAAUGCAUCGUAUGUCGGCGGUAGUCAUAUGCGCCCAAAUAUGCCACCACCACCAUAUGGAGCAAAAAUGCAAAUGCAAUCACAUCCGAGCUCAAAACCCAAAUCGCAUUCUAUGCAAUCGAUGCAACAGUCAAGCGCCGGUAGUAGUGGUUACCAUCAUAACCAGACUCAACAUUCGAAUCGCAGUUUGGAAAGUGCGAAUAAUGGCAGUUCCGGAAUGUCGACAUUCUUCCAGAAUCGAUACGGAUGUGGAAUAAAUGCUAGCCCAGAAUCGGCCAUGUCUCCGAGUAUCAGUUCAGUGGCAACAAGCACGUCGGAGGCCGAAGACCUCCUGGACGAUAUAUUAUCGUUCGAGAAUGGAUCACUGGCCGAUUCAUUGAAACUGGAUCAGUCGUACUCGAGUGAUCUGAGCAUAAAACAGGAACCAUCGGCAAUGAGUGAUGCGGAAAUACACGCCAUCGCAAAGGACCGACAGAAGAAAGACAACCAUAAUAUGAAUCGACAGAAAAAGGACAAUCAUAAUAUAAUUGAACGUCGACGCAGAUUUAACAUCAACGAUCGCAUCAAAGAACUAGGAACACUGCUACCAAAGAAUAAUGAUCCGUACUAUGAAGUGGUUCGCGAUGUCAGACCCAACAAAGGAACGAUACUGAAGUCAUCUGUUGACUAUAUAAAAUGCCUUAAACAUGAAGUGAAUCGUCUGAAGCAGACCGAAAAUCGUCAAAAACAAAUCGAAAACCAAAAUCGACGGCUAAUGCUGCGGAUUCAAGAACUAGAAAUGCAAGCAAAAUCACAUGGUCUUCCUGUAACAGAUUUAAAUAAUUCAAACAACAAUUAUGGCUCAAUGCUCGCAAAUUCGUUUUUAAACAAAGCAUCCAGUCCGAUCAGAAAUUCGUCAUCAAAUUGUGAUAUUUCCGUCGGAAAAAUUCCAGAUAUUUUAUCUGAAGCGGCAGCUCUCAGCAUCAGUCAAAUGGAGGAUCUGAUGGAGGACGAGCAUCCCGUUCACGGUGAUCCGAUGUUAUCACACAAUUUACUGAUAUCACCUCAUUCGCCCAAUUCAAUGCAACACAAUGAAUUGAUAUACGCCGACGUGAGUGCGUGCAUUUUGCCUAGACUGUCUGACUCGGAUUCCCUUAUUAGUGAUAUAGACAUGCAUUGACGGUAGAUGCCAUCUGUUUUAUCAACAGAAUCGAUGAAAAUAAACGGUGAGGUUUGGCCAAUGUGGACUUAUAUAGCAAUAUAUAUGUUAAAGCGAAUGAAGACACAAGAUUUUGUAUCCAACCUGUUGAUAAAAGCCUUAAUCGAAACGAAGUAACAGAUCCGAUUCAUUAUACUGGUGUUACCGUCUGUCGUGAAUGGUUAUACUGCCAACUGCCGCCGUGAUAUCGUCAAAGAUAAAGUUUUUUUUAAAUUCUACAGUUACCACACAUCCAAUCAUUGUAGCCACAUCUGUUUAGACAAUAAAACGAUAGAUUAUAUUGGCUGACAGACACUCAUAAAAUUUCUCUAGUCAUUUGGUGACAAAUUCUAAAGAUCCGAAACAUAAACAAGGUCCUACCGAAUGGUGCUUGAUUGUACAAACAUUGCUCAAUGAGUCUGACGUAAUUUACGGUUUACAUUUUACUGGCUAUGUUUUGAUGAGCGUUGGGACAAUCCGUCAUCCAUAGCCCGAAUCAUAUCUCGAUGACUGUUAUCGUUCCGUUAAUUUUAGCAGAAAAUAUAUUAAAACUAUUAAAGUAAUAGAUUUUGUUCCGAACACUCGAAAACAAUUCAAACAGACGCAGUACUUAACAGAUUUAAAAAUUGUAUCGCGAGGUUAAAAUUCAAAAGGCCAAAUCCCACCAAACGUAGCAAAUAUGAGAGACGCGCCGAUAUAGAGUAUAUUACCCAGUCGAUGAUUACGUUGUGCAAUAUUUAAUUGUGCUGUCGGGUGCACAAAAACAUGAGUGAUAAGUUAGCCGAAUGUUUGGCAAAGUGACAAAGCAGUGAUGAAUUAAACUCAGAUUGGAAGUAGUGGUGAAAAUUUAGGACCCGUCCAAUUUGAAAUUACUUAAUUCUUUUCCUUCAUGCCAAUAAUUUGAACUUCGGGCUGGCCUGGAGUAAAUUUCCAAUUAUUGAACAAGGAAUUAGAAUUUAUUGAUUUUUUUUCCAAUUGGGCUGGUCCCGCUGGUCCAAAUGUACUUCAAUUAUCGUCACAGAGAUUCACCACUAUUUUAUGAUGAAUUAGUACCAUUGGUUCGAAUCUUUGCUUAUGUCACCACUGGUUUGUGUCUCAGCUGAACUUUGGUUCUCACACUAACCGAAAGGAAUGUUUUUCCUUAACAGAAGAAAUAGUGACGAGGGAGCAAAAUGUUAAAAAGGGAAAAACCGCUAACGAACAGACAAUAACGAAUUUUUGCACCCUGAUACAUUCGAUUUGAAUAGCGUACUUAUAUUGAAAUUCUACACAAAAUAUAAGAUUUAUAGAUUAAGCCGAAUAUUGAAAAUGAAAGAAAGAAAAUUGUCAGAAAUUACUUAAGAACUCAACAAAACACUUUAUCUGUAAAAUAAACGAAAAUAUAAUUAUUAAAUCUGGUAAAUGAAUGGCAUUAUAGUGUGAAUGUGCCAUUGAUAAAAUCAAAAACAAUUCAAAGAAUACAAUUUAUAGCCAAAUAAUCAAAGCAAAAAAAAAAUUCACUAUUUUCCUAACGUUAAUAUUGUUGCUAGGUUGUAGUAAAUUUCGUUGUUAUAUUACAUUGGUUACCUACUCGAGAAAACUGUGGACAUUUUUUUAUAAUGAAAAAAGAAAGGAAACAUUUGAAUGAAACUUGAGUCUCGUGUCAUAUUUUCCAUCACACAAUUUAGUUACUCGAUCGUUCAAUUAACCCCAUCAGGUUGAGGAAUCAACGACUACACUAUAGACACUGAAAAGUUUAUUUCUUCUUUUCCAAAUUGAAUUAUUCAAUCAAUUUCUGCUAAAAUACCGAUUCACCUUGCUCUGUGAGCCCUGAAAGACCAUACAGUACCCUCUCCUUUUAAGAGCAUAGCUCUGAAAAAAACGCGUAUCUUUGCCUUUAGUACAAAGAUCAAAACCAAUGAAAGAAUUGGCUCUAGAGAAACGUUAAGAUGUGAAAACCAUGGCCGGACUAGAUUGAUUUUUAAAAUGUUGAGCGGGUCUUUGGACGUCACCAUAUCGCCCAGUAUGACCAGUCCGAUCCUGAUGACCUUCGGACACUACACGAGCCAUACAACGAUAUUCCAACCUUUCUUUUAUCCAACCGAAUAAAAUUGAACGUGCGACAGUAUUUUAAUUGAAAUUUGUUUGCCAUCACUGGGCAUUUUAGUACAAAAAAUCAAAUGAACGAACGUGUCUAACGACCGAAAUAUUUAUUUUCAUGUUAAAUAAAUAAUAUAGCGGAGAUUGUAGCGGCAAAAACCUCUGAUUUCGUUCGGUUGAAGUUCUUGUAAAAUCCAUUAACUGGAAAACUAAGUUGAAAGUCCUAUCUUGAUUUUGCAGAAAAAUGUCUCUUACCUUAGCUAGCAAACAAAUCAUUUUUACAAGAGUUUUAAGCGAUUGAAAUUGUGACCGUUAAGAAAGAAUCGUGACUCGUCAAGCAUUCUAGUGAAUAUAUAAAAUGAUAAAAAAGAAGAUUUUGUUUCAAGAAAUUUUACUGUAUUCGUUAAACAACAUUAACCUUUUAGAAACGGCUAUUCCGUUACCGACCAACAAUGGCAAAAUUAAGAGAUAAGCUCUUGUCAUCUUGUCUAGCAACAUGUACAUAUUAAAACAAAUGAAGUAACAGAUUUCGUGUCACUAUAUAAGCUUUAGAAACGACAGAUUGAAAUACACAUUAUCGCGAUAGGUUUGCCGUUUGUAGGAGGUUAACCAUUAAGUAUUAUACUUUGAAUAAGUGAAAAUGCCAGCUAUUGAUGUACAUCAUAGUAGUGAUGAUGUACGAUAAAAUAAACGAAAAAUUAAGCGCGAUAAAGAAGAAAAAAUAUUUUUAAUUUUAAUUUGUAAUUAUUUGUUGUUGUUAUAAUUAUUACAUUGAAUAAUCUUGUUGAAAAGUUUACAUUUUCCGUUUGAAUAAUAGUGUAAGUACUGGUUCUUAGCAGUAAAUCAAGCAGUUAGUCACUGUCCGCAUUACCAAUUCAAACAA